GUCGAGCCGGAGCCCGAGAGGAACUUACUACGACGCCGGAUCUCGGAUGGUCGUAUUCGGGGCUGAAAAAUGCAUCUCCUCGUGUCGUUGGCCUUAUCACUCGUGCCGAUCGUGAUACCCGCCACCUCGUCGGUCCAGGCCGAUCGGCGAUGCUCUCACCUAGACUCCGUCGACGUCGGCGAGCCCUACCACGUGGACGGCCGACCUGGGGUGGUGAGUCAAGAAGGGACUCGAGACGAGAAGACCUCGCAGGAGUCGAAUGGCAGCCUGGACACUGGGGGUGGAAAGUUGCACCAGGGUGGAGUCAAAGCUCGAGUGCACCCUUUUGAUCCACCUGUUGGCGACGGGAGGAGGAAACGGGAGGCGAAUGUCGAAACUGCCGCGGAACUGACAACGGAGUGCGUCGAAACGGAGAGGUCUUCGGGUAAGGGCGGUCAGGUGAAGUUGGAUAGCGACGUCUUUGUUGAACGCGUAGAUAGACACCAGGGGGUGGCCCACCCGGGAAUAACAAUCGGGGCGAGGAGGAAGAGGGAAGAAAACGCGGAAACUAGCACGCAGCCGGGGAACGAGGGCGACAAAGCGACGCAGGCUCCUAGCGAAAAGCCAGAGAACGGGGAGAAAGAGGCCCAGAAAGAGGAAGGAGAAACGGGAGGUCCUUCUUCGGGGUCCCCUUCGACGACCUCCGACGGGGGCGAAGCGAGGAGACUGGGGGAGGGCGAGGGGUCCAGCACCGUCGCGACGUCGGAGGCUGUGGAGGUUACUAGGGAAGCGAAGGCUGAGGGGAACGAGACGAGUGAAGGGGGGGCGAAGGAUAAAGUCGAUGAUAAGGGCGAGGAUAAAGCCGAGGAUAAGGGCCAGGAUAAGGAGGGUGGAAAUCAUUUGGUGCCUCCCUUGGUCUCCCUUGGUCUGCCCAUGGUCGACAUCGCCAAGCGGGCUCUGGGGGAGCUGAACCCCGUGCACGGAUCCGUGCUCUCCUCCAGGAUCGCUGACCUCCUCAAGCUGCAUAGCGUGAAGAUGGAGGGGGACAAGGACUCGUCGCCGAGGGAGGUCGUCCAAGAGAGGAGGAGGAGACAGGUGCAGCUCGACGGGCAGAAAGAGCUGACGGCAGGCGCGGCCGACCCCGCUCCAGAAACGAGGAAGGACGCCCUGGGAAAAAAGGAAAAUAGGCAGGGCGAUAUCGAUUGCGGUGGACUUGACCUCGUGAAAAGGGAGGUGGACCGAGAGACCGAGAGAUUGUCAUCGGGAAGAUCUGCCAAGAAGGGCGGACGCGCCAGGGGCCAGAAGAUCUCCAUAUCGAAGGGGAAGGUCCUGCUCCAGUCCGGUAGGAGAAGAGCCGGGAUAUACUCGUCGGAAUCCUUGGAACAUAGGGAGCCCAGGUUGCCCCCGGUAAGGCCUCUCACCUCCAAGCCCUAUAAUACUUGGAGGGCCCUCAGUACCGAAGAAUUCCGCCGUCGAGACCCUCGCACUCGAGAGAAGGGCCAAUGAGGGAAGGUCCUGCUCUAGCUUGGUGGGAGGGAGAUGGUGGCAUCGUCUGCAGCAUCUUCGGAAGAUAAGGAGUUCAAAUUACCUCCUUCAAACCCUUUAAUACUUGGAAGGUCCUCGGUAUCGAAGAAAAUUCCGGCGUCAAUACACCCUCACCCUCGAGAGAAGGGCCAAUAAGGAAAGAUCCUGCUCCAGUUUGAUAGAGAGGGAUGGUGGCAUCAUCUGCAGCAUCCUCUGCAGUAUCCUCGGAAAAUCAGUCCAAGUUACCUCCAGGAGAGUUCUGUACUUUCAAACCCUUCGGUACUUGGAAGCUACCCUUGCCAGAAGGGCCAACGAGGGGUGGCGAUUUUUUAAUCACUUAAUCUCCAAUCGAGACUUUGGACUGCUCAUUGUUUCUGUAUCGGCGAAUAAAAACCGAGUCGUUUGGUUUCUUAA